AUGGUUAAUUCACACGACGAAGAGCAUAGCCAGCUUUUAGUAAGGCUGGCUACAGGUUUCGGUGCGAUGCUACAACAGGUCCAGGAGCUGGCAAACAAGAACACAGAGCUUGAGCGACGACUUGCUCGCGUCCAAGCAGAGGCUCAGUACUUGACCCGAUUCGACGGACCUCUAUCUGCGGAUGGCUCUCCAGAUCAGCUCCAGGAAAAGCAGGACCGCUAUUCGGGGCCAAGACGCCACCACUCAAGCUCAAAAUCUGGAGAGGAACAGACCUUUAUGGGGAUAGAAGACCAAGAAAACGCCGUGGCAAUUGCAGACGGCGUGGAAGCUUGGAAGACAGUCACUGAUGGGAAAGGACCUUUAUGGCGUCGUUACAACGCUCAAAAGUUACAUGAACAGCGGACCCGAGAUUUCGCGGAGGAACCCCCCAAGCAAGAUGCAAUGCCUAAAGGCCACCCUGCUGUAGAUCAGAAGAUCUCAGAGAACGCCGAGUGCCCAUUCGCUGCGAUGUCUCAUUUGGGCGAACAGAAGACUAUCAAGGUCGAGUCUUCAGUGAUUCCACGACCUGACUCGCUACCUACGCCACCACAUACCCAAGAGCAUUUCGCUCGUGCCCCUCAUGAGGACGUCCACCAGAGACACGAAUCUCCUCCACCAUCGACUUCGGGAUCGAUUUCCAAGUGUCCUAUACGUAUGCUCGACGAACGCUCUCCCGAGGAGAUUGCAGAAUUUUUCGAGAAUCACAAGCACGAGAUCCCGCGAAGUCAUGAAGUAUGUGUGAGGCGAUAUCAGAGCAACUCACAGACCAUUCGAGAGCUGGACGCCAAAUAUGGGAAUCUGGCCAACAUGAUCAAAGGAUUGGGUGUGAAGCACCAGCCACUACUGCCCAGUAAAGAGGACGAUGAAGAGGACGAUGCGGCUCUGGAUACGAAGUCAAUGCGGAAGGUGGAGAGUUGGGCACAUAAUGUCGAUGUGGUACAUGAGGGCGCAGACAUACCGAAUGACACCAAGACACAUCUUUCGGGGUCGAAUGACAGGGAAGGGCACUUUGACAGACCGCUAAAAGAGAUCAGAGUCGGAGAGUCCCCAAGCCGGCCUUGGGGGAUCUCCGUCCCCACCACAAUUCCACAUUUGAACCUAGGUGAGAACGCUUCGACUCCUACACCCAAGGGCGCCCAGGCCGAAGCCCGCGAUGCACAUGUUGGGGAUACGGCCAGGAUUGCUACUGGUCACGGGACACAUGAGCCUGGGGAUGACAAACCACGCAUGCUCUUCACGGGUCCAGUGUUCAUUGGUUAUGGGCCGGAGCAGGCAGCUGUGUUGAUCAGGGAAUGCGAAUUGAGAACGCAAGGAGCGAGAGUUUGA